CAAACGUAUAGGACGUAUUGUAAAAUCGUCAUAGUGUUGAGAGUCACGUGGAAGAUAUGCGUUGCCGCCAAUUCAAACAGAAGACGGUUAGAGAAGUUGGAUGGGAUACCUUUGUCAGCAUCCCACCUGAUAGCCAGCCUUACUGACUUGAACAAUGAGUAGCAGCAAAAGCAGCAUGUCUUGCUUAAAUCCUCACUGUCCAUCUUCUAGUUCUGCAGGAUCAGAAUCUAAAAUCAUAAGUGGCAAAAUAGACCUGAGGAAUAUUCACCAGUGCAGCAUUAGCAAAACUGCAAAGCUCAAGAAGCGAAAAACCAAGAAGCAGCGUGACGAGGCUAGGUGUAAGAAACUACAGGUUGAAAAUGCAAAAAAGGGCUCAAAUGGAAUUUUUUCUCAAAUUCAGGGCUUACAACAUAGUUUGAGGGUUCCUCCUUCAUCUGCAUUUAAGGUUACAUACAACUCAAAUCCUGUUAUCAUCACCAAGAGCCGCCUGAGUCAGCACUUGGGCAUGUUUAAUAGAGAAGUGAAAUCGAUUGAUAUUGAAAGACUUCUGAGUAAGGCAAAUGAGAAGGACAUUGCAGAAAAUGAUUGCCAGAACAAUACUUCUCAGAUAGAAAAGGAGAACACAGUACAGGGGGACAAUAUCCACACACAUCUUUGUGCGGCAGAUACAGAAGUAAAUGUAAAUGAAGAGGUAGCAUUCUUAAACUGCAAGGAGCAAAAUCUCCUUCGCGACAGAGAACAUGUAAAUAACGUACUGCUGAGUGAGGAAAGACAAAAUUCCACACCAGGUUCCCAGGGCACAGAUAUCCAUCCUAUUACCAUUUUUUUACACAGUGAUAAGGAAUCCCACAUGCCUUCUUCAAGUAGAAUGAACGUUCCUGUUCUGGAAGUAGCUGAGAAGAUUUUUAGAAAGCUGCACAAUCAAGUGUUAUUUCCAGGUCGUAACCUAGUGAGUGAGACUCAGAAGUCUAUAAUGGCAAAGAGGGUACAGAUGAAAAAGAUCUCAUUGAUAACAUCUGCCCAGAAGAAGCUGGAUUGCAGUACUAAAGGGUGAAAUGAUCACUGUUAAAUCCUCAAGGCAGAACAUGCUGGGAUUUGAGAUGUCAUCGCAGAAAAUGCAGCAUGUCCGCAGAAAGAAUGGGACACAUGCAGGAACUGUUAGCACUUUUGCUUUACAGCACUGCUCCACAUCAGGCUGUUCUCUUCAGGCUGCACUUUGCUCUGGCUUCACUGUGUAUGUUUUUCUCAACAUAGUGCAGCCAGAGUGAAGAGCUGUUUGAAGAAAGCAGUCAGGAGCGCUGGAAAGCAGCUAAUUGGUUGAUGCUUUAUUCUCUAAUUAAUUAACACAUUGCAAUUGAGCUGGUGCUUUUGUGUAACCUAAUUUAAAUUUAAUUUUAUUUAAAAAUAACCUGCAGAAACAUUUUCACUAAAGAAAAUUAUAGCAGAAAGAAAAAAAAAAGUUCUGCCUCUGGCUGUUAAUAUAAUAAUAUAAGCCAUUUGCCGUCAUUCUCUAUACAACUUCCCAU